CACGAGAAGGGUGCUUCGAACUUUUACCGGACGUAUAAGAAGCAGAGUAAGGAGAACUCCAAUAACUGCAACGCGAACAAUUCUAUUGUUCGUGAAAACCACGACAACUGCGAAAACAACAGCAAUUAUAACAGCCGGAAAAACAGCGGAGCGAUCAUGAAUAAUUCCACGACGGACAAGUUAAGUGGGUCGAUGCUGGCUUUGCACUACCUUGACGCCAGUUUGGUGACGGAAGAGUGGCUUUGCGAACUGGGGUACGAUACGAGUAAUCAACGAGGGGAAAACGUCGACGCUGCAGAGGGGAGCUGUGGUGAAAACAGUCCUGGAUCCCUUGCGAAUGAUGCUCCACCACUCAAGGACAACAGCUUUGGGCAGAGCAAGCUGCUACACCAGGACUUGCACUCUGAAAAAGACCACCCGCUGCUUCCGCCCUUGAAAACCAUCAGCCAAGAGUCCUUGGCAGAUUACAUUCAGAGGCAAUGGAGUGGCAGCACCAGCUUAACGGCGAGGGAUAGUAGAACAAAUCCGCAGCUAGUAGAACUGCAGGUUCUGCAAGAUGAAGAAAACGAGGACGAAAUUGUCUAUCCUGCCAGAACGUCCUCGCGGGAAUUGCAGACGAAGAGCACCGAAGUUCUGACGCAGCAAAUAUGUAAGACAUCAGAACCAGAGCCAGUUCGUGGAACAGCAGGAAUAAACGACGACGAGAACAAUCCCAAUGGUGAAGAUCCGGCGCACAACAAUUUCUGCACCCUCAACACCGAUGACGAGUUGGAGUUGUCGGACGAAAUAAUCGAGAUGUCGGUUCCAGCCGAGAAGACUGGUUCUCGUGACAACAAGAAGUUAUUCCUCACGCGGGAUAAUAUUGAUUCGAACCUGCUUGAACUGAACAACAUCGACUUGUACAUUUUGGACGACGACGACGACGAGGACGAUUUCUCUGUGCAACACGCAAAGUCCGAUCCCCUGCCAGAGUAUAAUAGCCGUCGACGUGGAGCAGGUGGUAAAGUGAGUGUUCCAGCGAUGAAUCAUGAUCCCCGUCGUCCUGACCGCUCCUGCAUGGAGGAAUUCGACAUCGUGGAAACAGCGCACUCGGUGGAACUGUACAGCGUCAGACAUGUGCAGUCCGAUAAAGGACCCCGGCGUGCUGCUGGUGGCUCCUCUGCCUCGAAAAGCAAGAAGAAACGGAGACAGACACUACCACUGGGAGGGAACAACGAGGAUCUGCCUGUUACAACGGUAUAGUGGAUUUUUUCUCUGUUGCUGCUUUACAGGGUUCGUUGUCGUUUCCAGAAUGAUCUAUCAUCUAGCACUUGAAGCACCGCGUGCAUCACAAAAUUUGUCAGCUGCAUAGCGUGUAAGUAGUUCCAGCAUGACAAAACACUGCCUCGAAAUAAAAUUCUAUCAGGUGAUGAUCUCGAACCUGGAUCGCUCGCUGAGAAACGAAGAUCUGCUCCAGUUGCUGGAGAAGCAUUACAAAUUCCUCCCGGCGAAGCACUUCGAUUUCCUUCAUUUGCCGAAAGACUUCCAAACGAAACAGAAUCUUGGGUAUUGUUUAUCCUGUGUAAAAACGUACCCACACCAUAGUUGUCAUGCUACUCUGCAUGCUUAAAAUGUUUCUCAUGCGGAGCCCCAUGAGAAGCAUUUUCUAAUGCGGUUUGGAAAUCUGUAAUGCGCCAAUCAGCAUGAGAUACUAGAUCUGUAAUGCUGCUUAGCUAGCUCAAACAGCACUACACUACGCGUCCAAAUUUGUCAUGCGAAACAGCCAAAGCUUAUGGAUUUGUCUAGCGGAUUUCCCAUCUUGACUCUGGUGUGGGGACAUUUUUACUCAGGAUAUUGUUUUCUCAACUUCAAGCAACCAGAGUUCGCGGAGAAGAUGCUUUGUAUGCAGCAGGGGCAUAUGCAUUGCAAAUAUGUCUGGGUCUGGAAGACUGCAACUUGUGAUGCGGGUUCUGGAACAGGCCCAAAAUUUGUAUUGCGUAGUCAGGAAAAGGUGCCCGAUUUUUGUCUCCAGAAGGGGGCAUUUGUCACGCGGAAUAGGCAUGGAGAAGCUGUCACAGAGUUUGUCAUGCUCUGUGUGCAUUCCAGACCUUUUUGUAGAUGUAAAAAAUGCAUGACAAAUGUCUGAUUUCUUCCAGACCCAGACAUAUUGACAUUUGAUAGGGCAGCAGCAUUUCCACCACAGAAACAGCAGCGGUAGUCGCAGUUCUUCUAGUUCCGCUAAUUUCCCCGUGAUGAAUAACAGCAAUUUGAAUUUCGUCGUGAAGAAAGCCGACCGACAGGGAUUUGCGGCGAAUGUCGAACUAUCAAAUGUAAAAAUGUCUGGGUCUGGAAGAGUCAUGCUGUUUUUGCAUGACACAGAAGGGCUGGCAUGGAAGCUCUAGCAUCACAGGUUUCGAAAAGCUUCCGCAAUGCCGAAUCCGCAUGGCAAGUCCCCCAUUUUGGUGACAGAAAGCAGGCAGCUUUUGCUACCUAUGCAUGAGAGCUUUUUCUGUGUUCUGAAAUACGCAUCACAAGUUUGGAAUCUUCCAGAGGACCCAGACAUUUUUACAGUUGAUACGAACCGUGGCUGUUGGAGAAGAAUUGGAAGGGGAAAAGAGUCUCCAAUCCCUUCUUUCGAUAUCGUAAGAAAAAAGUGUUACAGUUACACACAUAGUCUAAGUCUAUGCAGACCAAGCAACAGAGACAAGCUCUGUCAUGCGCAAACUGCUUUUACGCCUCAAUUCAUACGUGUUUUCCCUUAUAGUCUGCGCACCACAGGUUUUCUGUGCCAUGUCGAACAACUUUGUGAUGCAGAGACUCCAGCAACAAAUGUAUAACUGUAACACUUUUUUCCUGUGAUACUCGACCGGUCAUUUUCAGUAGUUCCAACACGACCUCCAGGCGUUCUGGAGCUGGUCCAUCUGAGGGGGCGGUUACUGAUGAUCUUGCGGGGGACGAAAGGAAACCGAGCCAGAGAAGUAGCGGUCAAGGUAGCAAUCAAAGUUCUGGCGGUAGUUGUACUAGAAACGGUUCGGGUCAUUUGAGUAGUUUCUCAGUCGCCCUGGAACUGAAUGCGGAAAACGCGGCCCGGGUGAUGCAGGAGCUACAGCAGUCCCAGUCGGGAAGAUGAUAACGCGGCCCGGAAAGUUGAGAAGUGUACAUGGAUGUUGAGUUGAUUUCAUGAUCGACAACAAUUUUUUUGUAUUCGAAUAUCAAUAUGUAAGAUGUUGAAAAGCUUUGUGCCACCAGCAGCCAUUAGAGACGGCAGGGCACCAUAUGACCACAUUGAUGUGUAGCGAGUAAUUGCAAGCACAAUUCGUAUAUAAUGACCUCCGUUUUUCCUUGAAUGAUAAUGAUUAGAACAAAAAACCGUUUUUACACUUUUUCAAAUCUUCGCUGUUUAAUUUGUCGCAACAUCACUAGCAAAGUGAAAGUCGAAAUUCGAGAAGGGAACCUCAACGCAGAAGCAGAUUUUUUCGUAAUUGACAUGGUAAUUUUGGUUUUUAUCCACAGUAAAACAAAAACUUCUAAAUACAACUAAGUAGCGGACCUCUAGCAACCGUUUCAAAACAAAGCGAAGUAGAGCUCUAUACUAUUGAUUGGUUUGUUUCGUAGGAACAUUUUGCGCAUUCUUGGUUUCAAUAGCUGUACUAAAUUUUAUUGAAUGCGGCCUUUGCUACGGGGGCAUAGAAAUCAUUCUAAACGACCUAUUGCAAAAAUGGGAUAUUAAAAGAGCAUCAGUGUAGCCCCUGCUACUCGGAGGAUAAGAUGAAUAAGCCUUUCGGAAAAAAGGCAACCUCCAAGUCCAAAACCGUUGCAUGAGUACCUAAGAAUUUCCUCCAUCUGCCUGAAUACGCAUCUCUACUGAACUGAACAAAGAGAAUCCGAGGCUUUUUAGUCUGUGUGUGUUUGUUAAUACGGAUACUAGUUGAUGCUGUUGAACACUGGAAUAUUGAAACUACACGAAAAUAAAACUUGAUUGACUCAUGGAUCGGGGACCACAGUAAACAAUCUUGAAAGCGGCCGACGAGCUAUACUUAUAUAUACAGGAUCAAU